AUGAGCUGCUUCUUCUUCCGCUUGCUCAGGCUAUACCUGAUUUUCCGCUUCCGCAGCUUCAAGGUGAAGUGGCUGGCCUUCUGGACCUUCCUCUUCUGGCUGCCGAACCCGGUCCUUAACAUUGUCAGCUCCGUGAUGAAAACCUACGGGCCGGUGGUCGUGCCGCCACUGACUUGCGCCCGGCCCGCCUGCCUGUCUCGUCCGCGCCUGGUGUCGAUGCUGCUGCUGCUGCUGCUGCUGCUGCUGCGGAACUCGCCCGACCCGGUGCCCUCGGGUGGUGGGCGCACCUCAUGCCAGAACGGCGAAGAGGGGUGCUUCGAUGUCAGCCCGCUGUUUACCAUCCUGCUGGCCAUCAAGAUCCUGAUUGGCUUUGCCUUCCUUUACACUCUGGUGUACUUGAACCGGAAUGUGCAGAAGCGCUACUUCAACGAGUACCGCACCACCAUGACCCUGCUGAUCAUCACCACCGUGGUGUAUGCCUUUUUCAUGGCCUUCUUCACUCUGCGCCUGUACCGGCGUCCGCUCGGGUACUUGAUUGUCCUCUUUGUCUUGGCCGUGGUGCACAUCCUCUUCUGGGGCGUCGUCGCCAAGCCGGUCUACCAUCACAUCGUCGACAAAGAAGCCUACCUGGUGGCCUUCACCCAGAGCAUGCGCCUGGACUUCGAGUCGUCGUCCGGCGACUCGAAGAACAAAACCCUGGACACCUCCUCGAAGGCUGCCUACUCGGAGCAGGUCUCCGGCAUGGGCUUGUCAGCCAUCGAGAUGGACCGCACCACCAUGGACCGCGGCGAGGCAAGUGCCUCUUCUCCCGAGGGUGCGACCACUCCCCUUCCCAGCGACACCAGCGGCCCGGCGACGCCCGCCUCGGCCGCGGGGCCGCCCCCGCCGCCCUACAUGCUGGUGCCCGGCGACAGCUUGGUCUGA